AUCCCUCUCUCCUGGAAGCUGGACCAAGGGAAAGGCUUUGGGCAUCAGCCCACCUUGACCAUGAUCUCUGCCUGGUUGUGGCUGUUUUGCCUCUCUGUUAUUCAGGCUUUCACCACCGAGUCCCAGCCGGCAGAGCUGCAUGUGGAAGUCCCUGAAAACUAUGCUGGAAAUUUUCCUUUUUACAUCAUCAAGCUACCACUACCCCUUGGGAGGGAUGAAGGCCAGAUUGUCCUAUCAGGGGACACAGACAUGGCAGCUCAAGACCCCUUUUCUGUGGAUCUAGAUUCUGGCUUUCUGGUGGCAACGAGGGCCCUGGAUCGGGAGGAAAAGGAAGAGUAUCAACUGCAGGUCACCCUGGAGUCUGGGGAUGGACUUGUCUUGUGGGGUCCACAGCUUGUGACUGUGCAUGUGAAAGAUGAGAAUGACCAGGUACCCCAAUUCUCCCAAGACAUCUACAGAGCUCAACUGAGCCAGGGCACCAGGCCUGGGGUCCCCUUCCUCUUCCUCGAGGCUUCUGAUGGGGACGCACCAGGCACAGCUAACUCAGACCUUCGAUUCCACAUUCUGAGCCAGUCCCCAACUCAGCCUUUACCAGACAUGUUCCAGCUGGACCCUCGACUCGGGGCUCUGGCCCUUAGUCCCAAGGGAAGCACCAGCCUAGACCAUGCCCUUGAAGAACCUUACCAGCUCUUGGUACAGGUCAAGGACAAGGGUGACCAGCCCUUAGGCCACCAGGCUAUGGCCACUGUGGAGGUCUCCAUAGUAGAGAGCACGUGGGCACCCCUAGAGCCUGUUCACCUGGCUGAGAAUCUCAGAGCUGCAUACCCACACAGCAUUGCCCAGGUGCGCUGGAGUGGAGGAGAUGCCCAUUAUCAACUGGAGAGCCAGCCUCCAGGCCCCUUUGACGUGGAUCCAGAGGGGAAGAUCCGUGUAACCGAGGAGCUGGACCGGGAGGCCCAGGCUGAGUACCGGCUCCGUGUCCGAGCUCAGAAUUCCCAUGGAGAGGACUACGCAGAACCCCUGGAGUUGCAGGUGGUGGUGAUGGAUGAGAACGACAAUGCACCUGUCUGCUCCCCACAUGGCCCAACAAUCAGCAUCCCUGAGCUCAGCCCCCCAGGAACUGAAGUGGCCAAGCUGUCAGCAGAGGAUUUGGAUGCCCCUGGAUCACCCAAUUCCCACAUUGUGUAUCAGUUGCUGAGCCCUGAGCCUGAGGAGGGGGCUGAAGAAAGAGCCUUCGAGUUAGAUUCUACCUCGGGCAGUGUGACACUGGGAACUGCCCCACUCCACGCUGGCCAGAACAUCCUGCUGCAGGUGCUGGCUGUGGACUUGGCAGGUGCCGAGGGCGGCCUCAACAGCACAUGUGAGGUGUCAGUCGUGGUCACAGACGUCAACAACCACGCCCCUGAGUUCGUCACUUCCCAGAUUGGGCCUGUAAGUCUUCCGGAGGAUGUGAAGCCUGGGGCUCUGGUGGCCACACUCACAGCCGCUGAUGCUGACCUUGAACCUGCCUUCCGCCGUAUGCACUUUGCCAUUGAAGAAGGAGACCCAAAAGGGAUCUUUGACCUGUCCUGGGAGCCAGACUCUGAUCACGUCCAGCUCAGACUCCGAAAGAACCUCAGCUACGAGGCAGCCCCCGAUCAUAAGGUGGUGGUGGUAGUGCGGAACGUAGAGGAACUGGUGGGCCCGGGCCCAGGCCCUGCAGCCACAGCCACGGUGACUAUACUGGUGGAGAGGGUGGCACCACCCCUCAGGCUGGACCAGGAGAGCUAUGAGACCAGCAUCCCAGUCAGCGCUCCAGCUGGCUCCCUCCUGCUGACCAUCCAACCCUCGGACCCUGUGAGCAGAACCCUCAGGUUCUCCCUGGUCAAUGACUCAGAGGGCUGGCUCUGCAUCAAAGAGGUCUCAGGGGAGGUCCACACAGCCCAGUCCCUGCAUGGUGCCCAGCCUGGGGACACAUACACAGUGCUGGUGGAGGCCCAGGACACAGAUGAGCCAGGACUGAGCACUUCUGCCACCGUUGUGGUCCAUUUCCUGAAGGCCCCUCCUGUCCCAGCCUUGACUCUGGCCCCUGGGCCAAGCCGGCACCUCUGUACACCCCGACAAGACUAUGGUGUGGUUGUGAAUGGGGCCAGUGAGGACCCUGACCUGGCCAACAGGAAUGGUCCCUACAGCUUUGCUCUUGGUCCCAAUCCCACCGUGCAGCGGGACUGGCGCCUCCAGCCCUUCAAUGAUUCCCAUGCCUACCUCACCUUGGCCUUGCAUUGGGUAGAGCCUGGUGAAUACUUGGUACCCGUGGUUGUCCACCAUGAUGCCCAGAUGUGGCAGCUCCAGGUCCGAGUGAUUGUGUGUCGCUGCAAUGUGGAGGGCCAAUGCAUGCGCAAGGUGGGCCGCAUGAAGGGAAUGCCCACGAAACUGUCAGCUGUGGGCAUCCUUUUGGGCACCCUGGCAGCGAUAGGCUUCAUCCUCAUUCUUGUCUUCACCCACCUGGCUCUGGCAAGAAAGAAGGACCUGGAUCAGCCAGCAGACAGUAUGCCCCUGAAGGCAGCAGUGUGAGUGAUCCAAGCAGCCCUAGCUAGGAGUUCGGCCCCA